CGCCAUGGAUCCAGGACUGAUGGCGGGCAAAACAACCAGCAGUGAAACCGGUGCGAUGCUCGGAAGUAUAGGCCACCCACACAAUCCACUGCGCCCGCAUCCCUCCCCAACAACUGCCACACUGCAGCAUCAGCAAUCCAACUCGCACCAGCAUCUACACCACCAUCCACACCAUCAUCAUCCACAUCAUCCCACGGAAGCGCUGACGGAGGUAUCGGUUGUGGACAUAAACGCAUCGUUGGCCGCAUCCGCCCCGCUCAUAUCCCAAUCGCAGGUCGCAUCCGUACACCCGGCUGGUCCUGGGACUGGCGGUGGCGCCAGCAGCCAUGUGCCCGGUUUCUGCAACAUUCUGAACGCCUCCAAUAGCAGUGAUCUGCAGGCGGUGGCGUACAAUUCGCUCACACAAAACGUGCGCUGCAAAUCCCCACCGACGCUGGUUGAUAAUCUGAAGAACGGGACAAUCGGGAAUUCUCAAAGUGCUCUCUGCAACGGAGCCAUCAUGACAAACGGACAGACGAAAGAUUCUAAUCUGGCGCACGGUCUGGUGCGGAAAGUUCUCAACAAUAGCGAUGGAAACGGGCAGAAGAAGCCAAUGGUAUCACUCACGCACCUACCAAAGAGACCCCCGAUCGACAUCCAGUUCAUGGACAUGUCGUACUCGGUGUCCGAAGGUCACAAACGCGGUUACAAGACCAUACUCAAAGGCAUUAACGGUAAGUUCCGAUCCGGGGAGCUAACCGCCAUCAUGGGACCGUCCGGUGCUGGUAAAAGCACGCUCAUGAACAUCCUUGCCGGCUACAAAACAUCACACCUCAGUGGGUCGGUGCUAAUCAACGGAAAGGAUCGCAAUUUGCGAAAAUUUCGCAAACUAUCCUGCUACAUCAUGCAGGAUGAUCGGCUGCUACCUUACCUAACAGUGCGCGAAGCGAUGAUGGUAUCGGCCAACCUAAAGCUUGGCAAGGAUAUCUCCGUUUCGGCGAAGCGGGCCGUCGUGGAGGAAAUUAUUGAAACGCUCGGUCUGCUGGACGCUGCUACCACACUCACGCUCAAUCUCUCCGGUGGGCAGCGUAAACGGCUAUCGAUCGCACUCGAGCUGGUAAACAAUCCGCCGGUAAUGUUUUUCGACGAACCGACCAGCGGUUUGGACAGUUCGACCUGUUCUCAGCUGAUUGCACUACUGAAGUCAUUAGCGCGCGGCGGUCGUACGAUCGUCUGUACGAUCCAUCAACCAUCGGCAAGAAUUUUCGAACUGUUCGACAAUCUGUACGUGCUAGCCGAGGGACAGUGUAUCUAUCAGGGGCGAGUGAACGGACUGGUACCGUUUCUUGCCUCGCUUGGACUUGAAUGUCCGAGCUAUCACAAUCCGGCUAAUUAUGUGAUGGAAGUGGCCUGUGGCGAACAUGGUGAUUGGAAUAGCAAGCUAGUAACGGCGGUUAACAAUGGCAAAUGUAACAACUACAAUCAACCACUAUCGCAAAGUAAAAGCACCUCCAAUAAAAACGUAUCGCUCGACGGCACAGCAACCGGUACAGGCGAUCGUGAGGAUGAUCUUACACUGCUAAAAACGGUUGUUUCUACCGGUGAGUACACCGCCAUUAGUAUGCCCUCGAACGCACCACCGGAGUCGCAGUUAAAUAACGAAAGCAAACAACUCGCCGGGAGUAUUGCUGUCACUGAUCGGAAGCUGGAUUCGGUUACGGCCUCUGCGACCACCACUACCGCUGCAACGGCAGCGCAGGCAACAACCAACACGGGUGCGAAUGUCAUCCCAUCGUCCGACGUUACUGGACCACUGUUACCGGCUGGUGUACCGAUAGCUGGCUCUGCCCAAACUCAGACCAGCUGCAAAGCGACCUGCACCACAUCGUUGCUCGAUUCGACGGAGAGUGUUAGCAUAACGAUGCCGAAGAAGCAGGCCGGUUUUCCCACCUCCGGCUGGAUGCAGUUCUGGAUACUGCUCAAGCGUACCAUGAUUACGAUCAUGCGCGAUCAAACGCUUACGCAGAUGCGUCUACUGUCGCACGUUAUUGUCGGUGCAAUUAUCGGGAUGAUCUACUACGAUAUCGGUAAUGAUGCGUCGAAGAUCAUGAGCAACGCGGGAUGUAUCUUUUUCACCACGAUGUUUACCAUGUUCACCGCCAUGAUGCCGACGAUACUCACUUUUCCCACGGAAAUGGCCGUCUUUGUGCGAGAACAUCUCAACUACUGGUAUUCGCUCAAGUCGUUCUAUUUCGCCAAAACGAUCGCAGAUCUUCCAUUUCAAGUACUCUUCACGAGCGUGUACGUCAUUGUAGUGUACUAUCUCACUUCCCAACCGAUGGAUCCAAAGCGAGUGGGCAUGUUUGUACUGAUCUGCAUCCUUACCUCGCUCGUGGCCCAAAGUUUGGGCUUGCUAAUCGGUGCCGGCAUGAGCGUAGAAACGGGCGUAUUUCUGGGCCCAGUAUCCACCAUUCCGAUCAUACUGUUUUCGGGUUUCUUCGUCAACUUUGACGUCAUCCCGAGCUACCUACAGUGGGUAACGUACGUCAGUUACGUGCGGUACGGCUUCGAAGGUGCGAUGGUGUCCGUGUACGGUAUGGAGCGUGAGAAGCUGGCCUGUACCGAAAUCUACUGCCACUUUCGCAGCCCGAAAAAGUUCCUCGAGGAGAUGUCGAUGGACAAUGCCGAGUACUGGAUCGAUGCGACCGCCCUGUUCGGUUUCUUCAUUGCGCUGCGUGUGAUCGCGUACUUUGUGCUGCGCUGGAAGCUGCAUUCCAUCCGUUAAGGAGA